AUGACUGAGAAUGUUCCAAUUAUAUUGUUUGGCAAAAGCAAGAACAGCCCCGGCAGCAGUGCUUGGAGUUCAGCUUAUUGUGAUGAGACUCCAGUUUCCAAUGUCGUCUACUCUGGUUGGGAUGGUCAGUUGGGUACGGUGAAGGGAAGCGGACCAAGUUUCACUUACAACAAGAUACAGGACAGUACCGGAUUGAGAAUCGAAUUUAGUGGAACAAUACGCGCCGCCUUUCAAUGCGUAAGAUGUGGAUCUCUAUUCUUCUUUCACAUAAACGGAAUACGUUGUAGGAACCCCCAGUCGAUUAAUUUUUUUGAAUAUCACACUACAAGUCGCAACAGAAUGGAACAUGGUUCAGUGUCUGGCAUCUGUUGGGGUGUUCCUGCUGGCAUUACCACCAUUAACAUUUAUGCAAAGAACACAAGCGGGGAUGGAGAAGCAUAUCUUGGUUGGAACGCGUACUCCUACUUCAAAUUUGAGGAAAUAGAAGCUAAUCCUGGACAAUCGCAGUGUGAGAGUCUGACCGUUUUUAACAUCAUGGAUUUUGCGUCACUAGACAACAUUCGCGUAAAAGAUGAAAACAUUUAUAUGAGUGGUUCAUACUUAAAACGAAGCUCGAACACGGCACUGGCAGUCUACUGGACGGGGAAUCUUCAUGAAAUCGGAGCAAAUUGUGCCAGAUGGUAUUUCAAAUUUAAUGGCGCCGAGUGCGCCGAUCCCGGUACGAUAGAUGGCGCUGUGUACAUGGCAAACGACUUGAGAUCUGACACAUACAGGACUUUUGAGUUUUCUGGUGUUUGUAAAGGAAUUUCCGCGGGGGUGGUAAAUAUAUCACUUCACUGUGGAGUGUGCCCCUGGAACAUCACGACAAGCGGCAACCCGUCCACUGGAUGGUAUACAGCAUCGAGAAUAAGGGUGGAAGAAACUCGGCUGGGUUUGGAUACAAGUGCACUAUUAGACCAUACGGGAAAAACAGCUACUCGAAUACCAAUCUUCAACCGGCAAUAUUGGUGGUGGCCAGCUCAAGACAUUAUUAUGAACGUUGGAACACUUUACACUGUGACAUACAAUAAGAAGUCCAGCAUCAGUGGGUUAAAAGUGCUCUGGUCAGGGAAUGCCCAAGAAUUAGGUGCUCCCUACGGCUGUUCGCGAUGGUACUUCACCUUCAACGAUAACGAAUGUAGCAACCCGGGAAAAAUUGAGAGCAUCAAGUUCAAUGUUUACUAUGAGGCUCUCAAUGAGGUCGUCUACUUUAACAACCCAUUUACAGUUCAAGGCACUUGCCAGGGGAUAUCAGCCGGUGACGUCACUGUAACUUUAAAAGUAGGUCUUUGCGGCCUUAACUAUGUGGAGCAGGAGACGUUAACAUCAUGGGGAACGAAGACUUCACUGAUGAUAGAAGAAACAUUUCACGGAUAAAAGAACCCUAUUGUAACUUUUCAUGCAGCCUGGACAAAAAGGAAUCGCAGGUGCAUGAACAGUCGCGUUAAACGCAUGUAGAACAGGCUGUUGUGCAAUGCUGUUGUAAAAAUAGUUUAAUCAACACAGCCGAUUAUUAUUCAAGAAGAUAAAUCUAAAUGACUGAUACAAUACUUCAGGAUCUUGCCUUGUUCUUGUGUCAACGUGGAUCAUAGACGGUAUAGGAAAUUAAUUAAAAUAUAUUAUAUUGUCAACAACUGAGCGUUUGGAGGCUUUUUCGUCGAUUUGAUAUUGCAAAGGAGUAAAACUGUACUAACUAAUCUGCAUUUUUUUUUUUCAGAUAAGUACGCCCCUUACGUUCUAGUGGUUGGUGUCAUUCGUAAAAUGAUGUACUUUCCCAGUGAUUUUUCUAUCUAUCGUUGCUUUACCUGGAUAACGUACAUAAUGGUUAAAUAGGUAUUCGAAAUCUGCUUGAUGUUUGGAGUGAAUUAGGACAAUAUUUAACCUAAUUUAUUUUGUGUAAUCCAACAGCUAUCGAGUAAAAUUUAUAUUGAAAUAAUGUUCACUAAUGUGAGUUCGUUUGUUCUUGAUUAUUUGUA